AUGGAGUUGCCCCUUGCCUUUAGUGCCCUGCUCGGCAUCCCUCCUCUUCGCCUUCCCAAACUCAUCCUCACCUCAGGAGCCUCGAGGUACCAGAAAGGCUACCCAAGUGCCAAGCUUCUGGUGCCAGUCGCCAGAGCAUCCCAGUUCUUCAAAGAACUUCUCAAAAAUGCUGAGAAGUCACUGAACGACAUGUUUGUGCGGACAUAUGGCCGUUUGUACAUGCAGAACUCAGAGCUGUUCAAGGACCUCUUUGUGGAGCUGAAGCGGUACUACGUGGGCGGCAACGUCAACCUGGAGGAGAUGCUCAACGAGUUCUGGGCACGUUUGCUGGAGCGCAUGUUCCGGCUGGUCAACCCUCAGUACCACUUCACGGACGAGUACCUCGAGUGUGUCAGCAAGUACACCGAGCAGCUGAAGCCCUUCGGGGACGUGCCACGGAAGCUCAAGCUACAAGUGACGCGUGCAUUUGUGGCCGCCCGCACCUUCGCUCAGGGCCUCGCCGUCGCAAGGGAUGUCGUGAGCAAAGUGUCUGCGGUGAACCCCACGCCGCAGGGUACACGGGCGCUGCUGAAAAUGAUGUACUGCCCGUACUGCCGAGGUCUGGUGUCAGUGAAGCCCUGUUACAACUACUGCUUUAACGUCAUGAGAGGCUGCUUGGCCAACCAAGGGGACUUGGACACCGAGUGGAAUACCUUUAUGG